AGUAAGAAGCACUCACACACAUUCGUUCAUACUUUCUCCAAAUCUCUAGGUCAAUUCCCUUUCCUCUCCCAAGACAAAAACAUGGGCGUCACCACAUUUACCCAAGAAUUCACAACCCCAAUUGCCCCAUCAAGAAUGUUCAAGGCUUUGGUUCUCGAUUCCCACAAUCUCAUCCCCAAAAUUGCCCCUCAGGGCAUCAAGAGUAUUGAGUUCAUCGAAGGAGAUGGAGGAGUUGGAAGCAUCAAGCAGAUCAACUUUGCCGAAGGUGGUCACUUGAAGUAUUUGAAACAUAAGAUCGAUGCUCUCGACUCCGAUAACCUCGUCUACAAGUACACCUUAAUUGAAGACGAUGUGAUCUUUGAUAAAACUGAAUCCGUUGUUUACGAGGUCAAAUUUGAGGCUUCAAGCAAUGGUGGAUGCGUCUGCAAGAUGUCCAGUGAGUACCACACAAAAGCUGGUGUGGAGCUUAAGGAAGAGGAUAUCAAGCAGGGCAAAGAAAAGGCCAUGGGACUCUACAAAGUUGUCGAAGAGUGCCUGUUGCUGAACCCCGACGCCUGCGCUUAAACCGCAACUUCUUGUGCCGUUUCCGUCGUGCGUCAAUUUGCCCUAAUCCCCCACUAGUCCGUCAAUAUAAGGGAUAUGCAAAGUGUGUUGUGUUGUAAUUCCAAGUGUGAUUGAAUAAAUUCCCAUGGGAGUGGUUGAUGUGCUGUGACUAAAUUGACCAAAUAUCGGGUCGGAGUGAAGAGUUCUCAUGAUUGACCGACUCUUCACGUUCUCCUUUUCAGGGUUUCCUAUCUCAUGAGGAAAAUGAUGUGACCAUAUGAUAUCAUUUUGCAAUAGUUUAAGGUUUGUUUGGAGAA